AUGCCUAUUAAGUCACUUGAAUCAUACUUAUUUGAAAGGAAAUUGGUUAAUACUAGCUCCAUUGAAAUUCUUCAGAAUGCCACUAUUGGUAUCGACGUAGAACAUUACUUGAGCAGAAUUUAUACCUUCAAGAAAGAACAAUUUUUAUCAGGAAUUGGAGGUAUUCCAAGCUCGUUAAAAGAUUAUAUUCAUUCUGAUUUACAAGUUUUUAAAGAGUUCAAUAUAAAGCCUGUUUUUAUUAUAUCUGGUUUGGGUAUUCAAUUACAGCACAAUGAUUAUAAGACAAAUGAAUUAUCCCCACAAGAACAACAUCUUGAAAAUACGUGGUCAAAGCUCAAUUCAAAGAACCAGAAUCCAUAUGGUUAUAAUAGCCUGAACAAUGAAUCCUUUAGAUUAUUUACGGAUCCAUUGCCUUUAAGACCAAUGAUAAACGAUUUAAUUAAAUAUUUUAUUGAAAUCAAUAUUGACUACAUGAUUUCCCCUUAUGAUGCGUCUUUUCAGUUAUCAUAUUUAUACCAAAACAAUGUGAUCGAUUCUAUAUAUGGAUCUACUGACUUACUAUUAACAAAGAUCGACAAAUUCAUUUUAGGAAUGGAAUUUCAAUCAAAAGACUUUAGAUUCAUUGAUAAAUUUAAAAUUUUAAACGAAUUGAAUUUGACUGAAAAACAAUUUGUGGAUUUGAGUAUAAUGGUGGGCUGUAAAGUACAGCCAACAACGUUUCCAACUUUCCCACCUUUACCUAAACCAACGCCAGGUCAACCAUACCCUCAAUUGAGUUAUUUCAAACUUCAUUUGGAAAUGAUUUACCAAUAUAAUUCAUUCAAUGGCAAUAAAUCUGCUGAUUUGUAUCCAUAUAUUGUGGGCUUAAACGAUCCCAAGUUAUUGGAUUUAUAUUUCAGAGGCCAUUCGGCUCUUAAAUUUGUCCCUGUUUUAAAUAUGGACGGAUUUGUUGACUUGUAUUCGGUUGAAAUGGCUAAGUUAGGUUUGCUAGAUGAAUCAGAUUUAAUAAGAAACAGCGACGAAGAAAACAAUGCUGAAACUAAGCCUGAUGGCGAAACUGAAACUGAUCUUGAUACGACUACAAAAUCUAAAGGAAAGGGUAAAUCAGAGAACCGACGUUCAGUUGCAGCGAAUGGCGUACCUGGUGCUACCAAGAAUAUUGUAAAAGUUCCUAAUAAUAUACAUGAUAUUAUUUCACAAAGGCUACCACCUGAAAUUUAUUUCUAUCAAUCAAUAGGAUUAUUACGUAUUGAGAUAUUGGAAUCUAUAACGCAAGGCCAAUUGAACAUUAGACCACCACUUGAAAGUGGAUUAAGUGAUACAUAUAAAAAGUUGAUUUCUCUUCCACAUUAUAACAAAUUACUAGACAUUCAAUUCAAUUUAAUCACUCAAUUAUUGGCUAGAUAUUAUCAAGUUAAAAAAAUUAAGGUCGAUUACUGGUUCAAAGAUGAAGUGAUCGAAUUAAACAACAGGUUGACACCUCCAUUUUAUCAACAAGUUAGCCACUUAGUGCAUACUAAUAGUGCACCAGGCGACAAAUUCAGUUUGGUUAAAUUUUUUAAUAACUUAGGCGAUGAAUUUAAAAGAGGUUCCGUGUCCAAUAAAGAUGUUAAAACUAACGUAGACUUAAUAUCUACCGUCUUAUUAAGAAAUUUGUAUUUGUUGGAGAUUAUUGACAAUAAAACUAAUAAAUUGAACCUGAUUGGUAAAAUAUUGAAAUCCUUUACUUCGAAAUAUGGCCUGGAGAUAAAUGAAACCGAAUUGCAGGAAUUGAUUGUUAUCUUAUUGCUAAUCAAGUCAAAGACAGUCAAAUUAAAUGAGCCUAAUAGAGAGUAUAAUGGAGUUCCAAAAUUUUUCAAAGAAUUUGGAAAUGAAGACGUAAAAUUAAGGGAUGACGAUUUGAGACAUAUAACUUUAAUUUCCAGAAUUUUUUCGCUUCAUAAGUUUAAGGUAUCGCCAAUUAAUUAUCAGGGUCCUAUUUCUAGGGCGUUGAUUAAUUUCAGGUCACACGUCAAGUUUGUUUCUAAUGCAGUCAUUAACAAUAUUGAAUGUUUGUUGGUCGAUUUCAUUGUACAUCAAGAAAACAGUACUAUCAAAUCAAGAUUUAAUGAUAAGAGUGAUUGGUACAAAUUAAUUGAUCAGUUGCCAUUUUAUAACGAUUGUAAUAACACCUUGUUGGGAAUUUUGGGGGAGAUAUAUUUUGAAUAUUCUAUCAACCAGAGGCUUUCGUCACAAGAAUUAUCAAAAGAAGAAAUUAUCAAGAAUACCAAGGACCAUAUCCUAAAUUCGGUCUUCCAAAUUAAUAAUUCCUCGUUCAAUAUUAACGUUAAUGGGGUUAAUAGCGUAACUACUAAUCAAUUACUCCAUGAUUUAGACAACGGUAUAAGAUUCUGGUCUUAUUUCAUUAAACUAGUUGAAAUUAUUCAUGCAGAAGACUCUACCUUGAUUAAUGAUACUUACUAUGAAUCGAUUCUUGAAACUGAUAAGUGGUUACAUGAGUUUGUAUGA